AUGGAUUAUUUCUUUCAAGAUUCUGUAUGCCAAGAAGAAGAAGAAGACAAAUUCUGGGAUCUGAUCGCCGGUAACGUCUCUGGCGACGGUGACGGUAACAAUACCGUAAAUGUACUAAGCAGAAGCGCCUUUAGGUCAUACUUGAAGGACACGGAACAGAGGAUGAUGUCGUCUUCAUCGACGGUGAACGUGAAGAGGAGAAUGGUGAUUCUUCUGAGAAAGAAUUGGGAGGAGAAGAAGAAUGCGGCUGCGCCGGAGAAGGAGAGAUCCCGACGGCAUAUGAUGAAAGAGAGGACGAGAAGAGAGAAACAAAAACAGAGUUACUUAGCUCUCCAUUCUCUAUUACCAUUUGCCACUAAGAAUGAUAAAAAUUCAAUUGUGGAGAAGGCCGUGGAUGAGAUUAGGAAAUUAGAAGAAUUAAAGAAAGAACUAGAGAGAAGAAUGAAUGUGUUGGAGGGGAAAACAGCAACGGAUGAUGUUGAUGAAGUGAGUGGGACAAAGGUUAGGUUUAAUCUACAAGAACCUUUGUCUGGGAUCGAUUCAAUGGUAGAAGUUCUACAGUGUCUUAAAACAAUGGGGACAAAACUCAAAACAGUCCAAGCCAAUUUCUCUCCUCAAGAGUUCUCUGCGACCAUGAACAUCGAGACUCAGAUAAGAGGAGAAGAGGUGGAAAAAAGAGUGGAGAGAAGACUCCAGGAAACUGAAUGGAAACUACUCUUUCUCCCAGAAGCUUCGUUUCUCAAAGACUAA